CACCGCCCGCUAGAAGCCGAGGGCGGGACGUGGGCGCGGCAGAGCCGAAGCGGCGGCGGCGCGGACGGAAUGCGGGUUCUCGGCAUGGCUCGCCUGGGGCUCGGUCUGGUGAGCUGUACCUUCUUUCUGGCAGUCAACGGUCUGUAUUCCUCUAGUGAUGAUGUCAUUGAAUUAACGCCAUCAAAUUUCAACAGAGAAGUUAUUCAGAGCAAUAGUCUGUGGCUCGUGGAGUUUUAUGCUCCAUGGUGUGGUCAUUGCCAGAGGCUAACACCAGAAUGGAAGAAAGCAGCCACUGCAUUGAAAGAUGUUGUCAAAGUCGGCGCAGUCGAUGCCGAUAAGCACCAGUCCCUGGGCGGUCAGUACGGCGUCCAGGGAUUCCCUACCAUCAAGAUAUUUGGAGCCAACAAAAACAAGCCAGAGGAUUAUCAGGGUGGCAGAACUGGGGAAGCCAUUGUAGAUGCCGCCCUCAGUGCUUUGCGCCAGCUCGUGAAGGAUCGCCUCGCUGGGCGGAGUGGCGGAUACAGUUCUGGAAAACAGGGCAGAGGUGACAGUUCAAGUAAGAAGGACGUGGUGGAGCUGACGGAUGACACCUUUGAUAAGAACGUCCUUGACAGCGACGAUGUUUGGAUGGUUGAGUUUUACGCUCCGUGGUGUGGACACUGCAAAAACCUGGAGCCAGAGUGGGCUGCUGCAGCCACAGAGGUGAAGGAUCAGACGAAGGGCAAGGUGAAGCUGGCCGCCGUGGACGCCACCGUGAACCAGGUUCUGGCCAGCCGAUACGGGAUCAGAGGAUUCCCUACAAUCAAGAUAUUUCAGAAAGGCGAGUCUCCCGUGGACUAUGACGGUGGCCGGACGAGAUCAGACAUAGUGUCCAGGGCCCUGGAUUUGUUCUCAGAUAAUGCCCCACCUCCAGAGCUGCUCGAGAUCAUCAACGAAGACGUUGCCAAGAAGACCUGCGAGGAUCACCAGCUCUGUGUCGUGGCUGUCCUGCCCCACAUCCUAGACACUGGGGCUGCAGGCAGAAACUCCUACUUGGAAGUUCUUCUGAAACUGGCCGACAAAUACAAGAAAAAGAUGUGGGGGUGGCUGUGGACAGAGGCUGGCGCUCAGUAUGACCUGGAGAACGCGCUGGGCAUUGGAGGGUUCGGGUACCCUGCCAUGGCGGCCAUCAACGCACGCAAGAUGAAGUUUGCUCUUCUCAAAGGGUCUUUCAGUGAGCAAGGCAUUAAUGAGUUUCUCAGGGAACUGUCUUUCGGCCGUGGCUCCACAGCACCUGUGGGAGGUGGUUCCUUUCCUGCCAUCACUCCCAGAGAGCCCUGGGAUGGCAAAGAUGGCGAGCUUCCUGUGGAGGAUGACAUUGACCUCAGCGAUGUGGAGCUUGAUGACCUGGAGAAGGACGAGUUGUGAGGGCCGCAGCCCAGCCUUCUUCACGUUUCGUUUCUUGGGAGCAGGCAGUGUCCUAGCAGUGGGGUUCUACUCAGCUGUCUGCCUUUCCGAGCAGUCCCUGCCGGCCACCGGAAACGGCAGCAGUGAACCUCGGCGUCUCAAGAAAACACUGAAGAAUUCUAUGAAUUGUCGCAGUGAAUUGGAUUUGUUCUUUGGCAUAUUGAAGAAAACUGGGCUGUUGAAACAUUUUUUCCUCCUCCUGACUGCUGCUUGAAUGUUCUUGGAGGCUGUUUCUUAUGUAUAGGGUUUUUAAAAUGUGAUUCUUUUGUUUGAAUAUUAAUGGCUUUUUCCAUUCAAGAAUAAAAUGAUAUUUUGGACAAAGCUGAUAAAUGUAUGAAAUUAGUGGCACAUCAUAAAAUUGGAGCCUGACAUUUAGCCUGAAAACUAACCCUGUGAACAGACGACAUCACAUCAAUCAUCACCUCCCCGUAAAAAUGUUUUUUUAAAUGAAGACAAGACCUUUUGGCAAGGACGUGAUUCUGUGUGGAUAACUUGGUCCCAAGUGAAAACCGCAUUUCAUGCCCCAAAGUCUUGUCUUCGGGCUUCACCAGUGACAAGGAGGCUCAGGUUUUCAACAUUCUCACUAAUCUCCCAUUGGAAAUCCCACCAAGUUACAGGCAUUUCACUAUGUAAAACACUCAGGAGAAAGUUGGGAGUUAGUUCAACACAAGGAGAGACUCAGAACUGAGCAUUUUAUUGUAACUUAAAAAAAUAAAUACACUCUUAACUAA